ACUAAAACUUCUCAACAUGGCGUCGCAGCUCAUCGCCAGAGUGAAAAUGAUGGAAACCGCCAGCACAACUUCAGCCCAUCCCGGGUUUAGCAGCGAUAAAUAUUCUUUACUGGUUGUGGUCGGGGAACACACUGCUGUCGGCUCUGUGGAGUACCUGGUCUCGGAGAUUGAGCGAGGUAUCCGCUCCUGGGAUGUGGACCCGUCUUCCUGUAAUUUGGAUGAGCAGCUCAAACUCUUCGUCUCCAGACACUCUGCUUUCUUCUCUGAGGAGCUCAAAGGCCAGAGGACGCUGCAGCACAGUGGAGAUGUUCUGGAGACCCAGGUGGUUGUGAACCCAUCCCACAGUUUGGUGUGUUCAGAGGUCCGUCGGCUUAUUACCGACACGUCUCGUCACAAGCUGCUGAUUCUGGCCGGACAGUGUGUGGAAGACUCUGGGGACCUUGUAUUACAAAGUGGGUGCUUUUCACUGAAUGACUUCAUCCAGAUAUUUGCUCAUGAAGAGAUUGGUGACAUGUUAAGCUCGGCAGAUCCUACACACAAAGCAAGCCUCACACUGAGUUGCCCCGUGUCUGGAUCAUGGAAGAGCUCCAUGUUGGAGAAGCACAAUUUGCAAGACUUUAUUGAAAUCAAGACCAACCCGCCAGCAGUGCUGCCUGAGAUGGAAGGUCUGCAGGAGUUUACAGAGUAUCUUUCUGAGUCUCUCGAACCUCGUUUGGCUUUUGAGCUCCUUGAGCCUCCUAGCACAGUUGGCUUUCUAAAACUGUCCCGUCCCUGCUGCUACGUGUUUCCUGGUGGUAGAGGGGACUCUGCCUUCUUUGCCGUGAAUGGUUUUAACAUAUUGGUCAACGGUGGGUCUAAUCCACGUUCUUGUUUUUGGAAACUGGUGAGACAUUUGGACAGAGUGGACUCCAUAUUGAUGACGCACAUUGGUGCGGAUAACUUGCCAGGUAUAAACAGUUUUCUCCAGAGAAAAACGGCAGAACAGGAAGAGGAGGAUUCGGCGGGCUCCCAGAGCAGUGAAGAUUGGCAGAGGAACUUGAUAUCUCCAGAAAUUGGAAUUGUGUUCCUUAAUGCUCCUGAAAGACUUAAGACACUACAAGGUGAUCCUAAGGUUUUGCGCAGCUGUGAUCAGGUUUCACUUACACUACAGCAUCUAGAAAGGUUAUCGAUCUCUCCAGAAUCUCUCAGUCGUCCUAACAGUCCAAAUAUUGAGCCAUUGAUUCUCUUUCAGAAGAUGGGCGUUGGUCGUUUGGAACUGUAUAUUCUUAAUCCUGUUAAAGGUAGUAAAGAACUAGAAACCUUUAUGCAAAAGUGGCCCAGUAGUGCCUCUGGUGUGAAGGGUUCAGAAAUCCCUUUACCUUGCCUGGUUUCAGUAUGUGCACUGUUGGUAUGGCAUCCUGCUAGCCCUCAGGAAAAAAUUAUUCGUGUUCUCUUCCCUGGGUGCACGCCACAGGCAAAGAUAUUUGAUGGGUUGGAGCGGUUGAAACAGCUAGACUUCCUUAAGCACCCAGUGGUGAGUCUACAGGAUCUUGAAUCACUCAAGCCUGAUAAGCAACCAAAACGUACGGAGAGCAGAGAGAGCCUGAAGUCUCUUACCAAAGACUCAAGACCUGGAACUGCAUCACUCAAAGACAAGGUCAGCAGAGUUGACCAUAAGAAACAAGACACUAAAGUGAAAGCCAAAUCUAUAAGUGAAACGGGCCAAAAAGAGAGUAAAGAAGUGGAAGAAAAAGCAAAGCCAAAAGAUAAUGUGAAACAAAGACUCUUGAAGCCUGAAAAGCAAUUGGUUAAAGAGGAGAAAAAAGAAGUGAAGAAGAAAGAGGAACGACCCUUGACAAGUCUUUCUAAGAAAGAUGAACAUGUUGAGAAAAAGAAGGAACCUAUGAAGAAAGACUUGGGAUCCAAACCUAAAAAAGACCUUAAACCUGAAAUAAAGGAGGUUAAGAAAGAGGUUAAACCAGAGGAGAAGAAAACGACUAAGCCAGUUGUUAAGGAUGCAAAGAAAACCUCUGGAAUUGCAUCUUCUGACAUGAGAAAGUUAUCAGGCAAGAACGGGUCAUUAAAGAAGGACACGACAAUCACUAAAAAGGACAGUUUAUCUAAAGGGAUGAAGUCUAAACCAGAGAAUAAUGAAGAGCACCAUCUGAAACCAAACUCUGGUCAAAAGUUGUCUGAGGAUAUUGGAGCAGAGGUUGAGAAGUUAAAAUUGGAAAAUCAAGCAUUGGAUGAGGAAGGGAAUUGUUUAGGUUCUGCAGCUAAAGGCACUGAGCAAGCUGAGAAAGAUCAUCAGUUGAAUGGAGCACAAAGUGGGACAGACUUGUCAGAAACUCCGGAGAAAUUUCGAUGUACAGAGACACUAUCUGCCUCAAAUUCUGCUCUGGGACCAUCUCCUUCACCACUUGCAAAGACUCCAAAAAGUGAGAAGUGUGUGAAUUUUGAUCUCGUGCCAAUGGAGCACGGGUUGAUGGAUGGAGUCCUUGAAAUGGUCUCUCCAGCAAACAGUGGAGGACAGAUGUCAUUCUGUCCGUCUCCUGAAAAUGAUAAUCAAGACACUGGUCCUGAAGAUGCUCAUGGGGCAAUUGGCUCAAAAAGUCAUGUGACUGCCAACCCCACAUCUUUGAAGGACAUACUCCCAGAUGCCUCGUCUACAGUCACAUCCCUGCCUGCUGAGGAAGGUUCUCCACACUCCACUGAAGUUGAUAAUUCUUUAUCAGUUUCUUUUGAGCAAGUAGUACCCCCUGUUGACCGGUCAGAAGAUGGCUUGUACACCAAUGGGCAUGAUUCAAAAGCGCAUAUGCCAUUAAGGACAUUCAGUAAUGGUGACCAGAACUAUAACGGGUCUGAGAAACAUCUCUCUGGCCCGCAGGCUCUUUGCCCUGAUAUCCCACCUCAUGAUGUUGACCUGUGUUUGGUGUCACCUUGUGAAUUUGAGCAUCAUAAAUCGCCCGACAGCCAAACAGGGUUGCCUUGCCCAGGUGCUCACAACUUCUCACCUGAGAGUGACCAGUCUCAAGAGCCUGCUAAAUCACUUUCGCAGUGCAACAGUAACAGUGUUUGUUACUCGUCACAAGGCCAAGAGACAACACCAACCUCGGUCACCGACUCCCUCCCUACAGUCUCGGAUUCUGAUGUCCCGCCAGCUACCGGAGAGUGUCCUUCACUUAGUGAAGAUUUGGAUUCUGAUGAUGAGUCUGCUGACCUUUUCCCACCCAAUCAUCCACAUGAUCAUCCCAGCAGUCACUUGUUUCACAUGGACCCAGCACAUUCUUCUCCAGAUCCUCCUCCAGCACCAAUGAAGGACUUGCCCCCACUCCCACCUCAGCCUGGUGCCUGCAUGGUUGACCCUGAAGCCGAUUCCCAAGGCAAGUCUUCAAAGAAUGUAGCUAUGAAGGCCAAAAAACCAGCAACGUCGGGCACACAAAAGAUGGCAGCUGCACAUACUUCAGCACAAAGUAGCAAGACAAAGGCUGGUUCUCAGGCAACAAGCGGUACAAUUAGGUCUUCUUCAAGCUUGGAUACGAAGUCUGCUUUACGUAGUACCAUUGGUAACACAAGACCAAUGUCAGCAAGUGCAAAACUACAAUCAGGUUCAGCAAGUAACAAGACACAUGCUGCAGCCGUUUACCUGGACCUAGCAUACCUACCCUCUGGCUUUGCAGCGUCUAUGGUUGAUGUGGAGUUUUUCCGCCGUGUGCGCUCCUCCUGCUAUAUAAUAAGUGGGGAAGAAUUGUACAAGAACUCGGUCAUGAGGCCCAUCCUUGAAUCGCUGUUAGAAGGCAAGGCGGCCUGGGCAGACAUACAGGUCACUCUGAUCCCCACUUUUGAUUCACUGACAAUGCAUGACUGGUAUCAAGAGACGCAUGAAAGACAAAAAGAGCUAGCAAUAACGGUACUGGGAAGCAACAGUACAGUGGCCAUGCAGGAUGAAACAUUCCCUGCCUGCAAAGUGGAGUUUUGAAUGGGAAAUUGGGGGGGGAACAAAUUCACUCCUCCCAUUUUGAGCACUCGGGCCAAUUCAGCUGUAACAUUUCAUAGAAGUUUUUGUUCAAAGCUUAGUAGCAUUUACAUAACUGCUCAGAUAUGCAUUGAAUUAAUUAGCAUAAACUCUGAGAAUUAGCUAAAACAAACUGUGACUCUCCAUUAAUGAAGAUUUACAGAAGUUAUUGGUAUUAUGUUCUAGAUCGUGUGUGAACAAAAGGAGUAAACAAAAGUUUGGGGUGUUCUUUUUUUUUUUUUCUAUGCCGUAGUGAAAUAUUGAUUGUUUUAACAGUCCCAAGCUGUAUAGACUUCACACAUCAUUUUUCUUUCCCUCAUUACUACAGUCGGUUUUUGCAUGGUUGCACAGUUUGGAUUUUUAGCACAAAUGGGGAUACACAAAACGCAGUGGACUUAUGUAAUGGACGAGGAGGCUGGACGGUCAAUGCACCGGUCCCACGGGGUUAUUUUUAAUCCUCUCUAAAUGACAAAGGGUUUGCUUUGGGUGUUUUAUCAUCAAGCAAUCCCCUCCCCCCACCAUGCUUUACCUGUUUCCUGAACCAUAAUGAAUGAUUCUUCUGUUGGGAUGAAAUCACAAUUGCAUGUUUUGAACAGUUUCAGUAUUUGUUUCAUCUUCACAUUUGUUGUUGAUGGUAAUCAUCCACCACACAAGCACCAGUGUUUAGGAACGACUUGUUUACUGCAUCCUUGGAUUUAUGCUGCGUUCAACUAAAGCUUGUAACUUGGAAUCUGCAACCUCAAACCAAAGAAAAAAAUCUCCCCUUAACUUGGAAAGUUGGGAAGGUCUCCUUAACUUGGCUUAUGACUUCAUAUCAAUAGUAAAAAAAAAAAAACUACUUUGAGUUAAUAGUCCUAAUAUUAAUCAACCUGGUCAAAUCCGUAAGACACAAGCUUGCUGUUUAGAUGUAAAUACAGAAGUUUAUGAUCACUUUUCUGUUGGCUGACCUAGAUUAACACGCGUCCAUGUUUUUCACUUUAUAGCUCAAUACACCAAGCUUAAAUAUUACACAAAUCAGACUUUCCAUUUCUGAGUUAAGUUGAAUGUAGCAUAAGUGUAGUCCAGGGCUAAUUUUAUCUAGUGACGGUACACUGUGAGCCAAUUUUGUUUUAGAAAACAAUCAUGUAUAUUCUUUGCUUUUACAAUUGUUCUGUUUUGAUGCAUGGUAAUGAGUCUGUUAAUUACCGUUUCCUGGAUUACAAAUUUCCAGAUUUUGGUUCAGGAUAUAGUAUGACAGAUUUGUUUGGAGCUUUUUCAGCAUCUUAAGGCUUCAUUUUUCCCCCCAAAAAUUCACGACAUGAAUGCUUCACCCCAUUUUGUAAUCGGCCACCCGAGACAGGUUUUAGUUUUGCAUUGGGCCUACAGAGCUAAAGUAAACCCCAAAUUGGCAGUGCAGACAGUUUUGCUGAGUAAAGAGCCCACUCAGCUCAGCUAGUUGGCGAUCUGAGACUAGUGUGGUGGCAUUGGCAUGAAGGUUAAAGAUUUCCAAGCUGGUCUGUUUUGAGCGGAGUGUAUCGAAGAGGAAAGGGGGCUAGACAGACUAAAGGAUUAAAGUGCUGCUGCAUGGCUUCCUCUAGAUCGAGCUGAAGUGUGUGCUAAUGCACCACUAUUAGCAGGUGAAAGUGGAAAAGGACCAACAUGAAGGAAGUUUAAAUCAAAACUCAGAUUAUCAUUAUAAAAUAAGUCUUGGACACUACUGAGGAUCAAGUGUUAAAGAUUUAAUAUGAAUGUUAUUCAGGGUGGGUUUGAUCUUUAAUGUAGAAAAAAAAAAUGCCACAAGUUGCUUUUGAGAUUUUGCAGUGUUGAUCUAAAACUAACUUUGGGAUUACUUUUAGCAGUGGCGGUUUUUUGCAUUUGUGCACCAUUUGUCACACCAUUGAGAAAAUGGAUUGCUGUAAGUCUGUCUGAUCAUGUUAAUGGUGGACUAAGGAGUGUGGAAGUGGAUACGUUGAGCAUCCUAAAUAGUGCACUUCUAGAGGAGACGCUUGCAAAUCCAACCGCUUGGGGUGAUUUUUUUUUUUUUUUGGUCCCCCCCCCCCCCCCCCCCCCCCCCAUUGUGUGUGAUUUAAGCAGUUUGUAAUUCAACAAGUUCACAAGCCUUAAACACUAUAAAAUCCAAGUUGUCUGAACAAAUAAAUGCUUCAGAUUCAUGAUUUGAA